AUGACGUCCGACGGGCCUCCUGCCAAGCGCCCGCGUGGCCCGUGGCGGACGGUGCCCGAAAAGUCUCCGAACGAUCAGUUUGCCUACCGCUGGUUGGCCUUUGAGAAUGGAGUAGAAGUGCUCCUUGUCUCCAGUGAUGACCAGAAGAAGAGUCGCAGCGCAUGCGCCUGCGCGGUGCAAGCCGGAUCCUUCAACGAUCCAUUCAGCUGUCAGGGCUUGGCGCAUUACCUGGAGCACAUGCUCUUCAUGGGCAGCAAGAAGUAUCCAGGUGAGGAUGAGAUGGAAGCCUUCCUCUCCAAACAUGGGGGCUCAAGCAAUGCCUUCACAGAUUGUACCCAUACCUGCUACUACUUCGAGGUCAAGAAGUCCGCGCUUCACCAGGCAGUGGACUUGCUGGCUCAGUUCUUCGUGGCCCCGCUCCUCAAAACAGACUCCGCGGAGAGGGAACUGCAGGCGAUCGAGUCGGAGUUCCGGCUCACGCAGAACAACGACGACUCGCGCUUGGAAGGGCUGCUGAGCCACUUCGCCCGCUGGCCCUUCAAGUGCUUUGGGUGGGGCAAUCUCCGAAGCCUAAAGGCGGAGCCCCGGAAGCAACAGGUGGACAUCCACCAAGAGCUUCGGAGCUUCUUUCAAGAGCAUUAUCAGGCGGCACAGCUUCGCGUGUGCCUCUUUGGUGUCGAAAGCUUGGAGUCCUUGGAGCAGGCCGCCAGCGCCUUCCAAGCGCUGACCGGAUGCCCGGAAGCGCCGCAGCCGCGCACGAGACCGGUGUGGCCCUUCGAGGAUUCGAUCUUGCCCAGCUUGCUCCGCAUGCGACCAGUGCAGGAGUUGCAGAAAUUGCACUUCACUUGGCAGCUUCCAGCAACGCAGCAGGACUAUCGGUCACAACCCUUGAACUACCUGGGGCACUUGGUGGGGCACGAGGGUGCUGGCUCAUUGCAAUCCUUCCUGAAGCAGCAAGGCCUGGCCACGGAAGUGGAGGCCGGCGUCAGCGAGGAGGACUUCACCAGCAACUGGAUGUGCAGCCUCUUCAGCGUCGACAUCACCCUCACGGAUGUGGGCUUGACCGCAUGGAUGGAGGUGGCCCAAAUCACCUUCCUUUAUCUCGCCAUGCUGCGGAGGGAAGGCCCUCAGGAGUGGAUCUACGAGGAGCUGAGACGCGCGCAGGAGAUGUCCUGGCGAUUCCUGGAAGAGACCGAUCCCAUGGAGUACGUGCAGAAGUUGGCGUGUCAAAUGCUGCCUGAUCUCAAGCGCGAGCCAGAGCACAUCUUGAAGGCCGAGUGGAUGCUGAACAGCUGGGAGCCCGGCAAGAUCACCGAGUUCCUGGAGCUUCUCCGCAUGGAGAGGGCCUUCGUCAUCUUGGUGGCAGCCUUUGGGAAGGAUGAGGCGGAGGAAGGAGAGGAGGAGCCCGCGGCCCACGAUCCGCCCGUGGAGCCCGGGGGAGCCGGCGACUCCGCGCCCAUCCCCGCGCCCGCGGAGUCGGAGCGAGCGGUGGGGGAUCCACACUUCGACCUGGAGGCUGCGGGGCCACCGUCCAGAGAACCGCACUUUGGCACUGAGUUCUGGAAAGCUUCCGACGCCGAGGUCCAAAGACUAGUGGCCUGUUGUCAACAAGUUGAGCUCGGAGCGGGACUGGCAGCAGAAGCGGUGAGGUAUCUGCGCCUGCCUGACCGGAAUCCCUUCUUCGCCACGGACUUCGAGCUGCGGACGGCGCCGCAGAAUUCCUCGUUCUCGUGCUUGGAGGAAUGGCUGUCCGCUGGUGGUCAAGGUACAAGCGCUUCCGCCUUGCAACGCCUUCGUGCAGCGCUUUCCACGUGCGCGCUCUCGAGCCUGGCGGCGGGCCCUCCGCGCGCGCCGCCGGCGAGGCCGCAGCGGGUCUCUCCCGGACAUUGGGCGUGGCACCUGCAGGACACGGUGCUCUGCACUCCUCGAAGCGAGCUGUGGCUGAAAUUCUCAGUUGCAGAGGGCUUGGCAGAGGCAAAGGAGCAGGCAUUGCUGGCCUGGCUGGUCCGUGUGUUGAGCGACGUGCUGAACGAGACGGUCUACCUGGCCGAGCAGGCAUCCCUGGAGCUCCGCGUGCAGGAAGAGCCCUAUGGCCUCGAUCUGCGCGCCGGAGGCUUCCACCAGAAGUUGCCCCAGCUGCUCACCGAGGGCUGUAAAGCUCUGAGGAGUGCGGGAGAUCCACACUCGCGCGAGUGGUGGCAAGGCGAAAGCUUCGUGCGGCGCUGCUGGAAUCAACGAGAUGACUUGCUGCGCCACUGGAGGAACGAGUACCUGAAGCCGGAAGACCACUGUGCCGACCUCCGUCGAGCCCUGGUGAUGCCAGAGAAGCUGUUGAGCACGGCGAAAGCGGCUGCUCUGCAAGACUUGGGCCUCGAGGAGUUGCAACGCUUUGCGGAGGCGUUCAUCCCUCAGCUGCAGCUGGAAGUUCUCUAUCAAGGCAACGUCACGCGGGAGGAGGCGCUGACGCUGGUGGACGAGCUUUCGGAUUUGAUGGGCACUGGGCCCACAGAUGAGGGCCCACAUGCCCUCCAUCCACCGACACGCGUCCUGGAGGUUCCUCUGGAAGGAUCGCCGAUCGUCUGGUUCCAGGAUAGCCCAGACGCGAAGGAUCGCAACGUUGCAAUGGAGAUGUACUGGCAACUGGGCCGUUCCGACGGCGCGGAGGCACGGGAGACGGCCAAGGUGGAGCUUUUGCAAGACGUCCUGGCUGAGCCUUUUUUUGACCAGCUCCGUACCAAGCAGCAAGUUGGCUAUGUGGCCAGUUGCGGUGCCCGCUGGACGCACCGUGUGCAAGGCUUUUCUGUGUGGCUUGUGUCCUCGAAGUUUGGCCCUGUGGAGAUUUGCCAAAAGGUCGAGAGCUUCUUGGAAAGCUUUCAACAGACCUUGCAGGAGAUGAGUGAAGAGGAGUUCCAGGGGCACGUGGAGGCAAUGGCAGCAGCGAAGUUGGAGCCGGAGCGCUCCUUGAAAAGUCUGCAACAGUCUGCGUGGGCAGAGUUGCAAGAGAGGAGCCACUGCUUUGACAGGGCCUGGCUUGAGGCCUUGGCGCUCUUCGACCUGAAGAAAUCCGAGCUAGUCGACUUGCUGCGAGACUUGACCUCACCACGCCGGCGCCUGCUGAUCACGGCAGCCAUCGGUGGAAAGGCCGUGGAACGGAGCGCGGCACUGGCUCAAGAAGCCUUCGCGCAGCGGUACCCGGCCGCACGUUGGGUGUCAUCUCCUAGCGAACUCUUUGCUUCCAGCAAGUUCUUUACCUGA